GUGACCAGCUGCUGACAUUAGUCAUUUCACAAUACCCUGAAAUCCAAUAACACUUCAAUGUGUUCGGGCAUUUGCACAGAGACGGGUCUCCUCUGUUUACUCUAUGUAAACAGCCAGAAGAUUCAGGAUUACCGCAAAAUAACUGCAUUAGAGCAAUAAUGGGUUUUAUUGUUUUACUUCUUCUGAUCCCAGCUGCGAUCUGCUCACCAGUGUUACUUCCAGUUGACUGCAAUGACGUGUACAACAAAGGUUUUGGUAAUAGUGGGGUGUACAGCAUCUUCCCAGGAGGACCGCUCUCCCCUGUCCAGGUCUACUGUGACAUGGGCUGUCAGGACAAACCUGAUGGUGGUAAAUGGACAAUCCUCCAGAGAAGAAAGGAUGGCACCAUCAACUUUUAUCGUGGAUGGGACCAGUACAGAACUGGAUUUGGACAAGCAUCUGGAGAAUACUGGUUGGGUCUGGAGAACAUCUAUCUCCUAACUCUAAGUAAGAGCUAUGAGCUGAGGAUAGAAAUGGAAGACUUUGAAGGGGCAAAGGCUUUCGUCCACUAUUCCUCAUUCACGGUGGGUCCAGAGCACGAGGGCUACACGCUCACCUUCAGUGGCUUCAAAGAUGGAGGAGCUGGAAAUUCCCUGAGUUCACAUAACGGUCAGAAGUUUUCUACAUUUGACAAGGACCAGGACACUUAUUCUUCAAACUGUGCCAAGACCUACUUCGGCGGAUGGUGGUACGGAGAAUGUCACGCCGUUAAUCCUAAUGGUCUUUACUUGUGGGGCAGCUCAGCCUUUGGGAUAGGAAUCAAUUGGCAUUCUUGGAAAGGAUAUGAGUACUCAUUGAAAGAAAUUGCAAUGAAGAUAAAACCCAAACUGUAAUAUUAAUAAUGAACUAAUAACACUUUGAUCAUGUGUGGUAUGACCCAAGGAAAAAUCCAUGACAUUUUGGUGUGGAUCUGUAUCCGGAUUUCUUUUUCGCUUUCUCUUUGGAACAGAUAGAACUUAGAGAGUGAGUUUAGAUAUGGUUUCAUUGGUGGAGUAACAUUCUAGUUUGUCAUAAUGUAUUGCUCAUAUAUUUCUUUGUUUGUUUGCCAGCCUGUCUGCUAAUAGGAUAGAUCAUAUGUAUUCCUUAGUUAACCGGUUUUGCAAUAACAUUAUAACAAAUCGUCUAUUCAAUUAAUGAGAGUAGAAAAUCAUGCAAAAGAGUGCAUGUACUUCACUUUUCUGUCAUUACACAGUAAUUCAUUUUUACUAGUUUGCAGAAAGUUUGAAAGCUUUAUAAUAUUGCUCAGUGAGAAAUGCUUCAUGUACACACUCACAG